AUGCUCAAACUGUUGUUUGGAGUUUCCAUGGCAGUUGGUGCGAACCAAUUAUUGUCAUGUGAUAACCCCCUUUCGCGAAGAAUACAUCCCGAUGAAGGGAAGGAAGCAUGGAUUGAUAUUUACUCUGUUAAAUUAACCAAGAGAUAUAUUGUCCUUUCUGAAGAAAAGAUAUCCAUUCCUAAAUCUUGUAUUUUAAAUCAAAAUGAAUUACAUUUAAAUACGAAUGAUGGCGAUGACGACGAUCAACAACACAGUUCCGAUCCCAAUGAAGACAUCUCUUCGGAUGAUGAGGACGACAAAAUUGCAAAUUUAUCGGUGGACGCAUUCGUUCAAGGAAUGAAAUCAGGCUCCAUCAAUUAUCAUACAUUACCUCCCAUACGAGUCAUACAGCACGGAUCUCACUAUAUUUCUGUAGAUCAUAGCGAUGCUUAUGUGUACGCAUUACAACAGUUAGUACAAGAGGCAUUACCAUUUAGAGAUUUGAAAUUCAGAGCCAUUAUUCUGAAAGAGGCUUUCGCUCACGUCCAACUCAUGAGUUUGUGGGAUCAAUCGACCCAUUCAAAACCAACUAACGAAGAUAUUGUACUCUAUGAUUUGAAAUAUAUCCAAUUACUCAAAGAAAACCCCCAACAAGGCGAUGAACAAAUUUGGAACAGAACAUACUCUCGAAAACUCAAAAGCAAAUCAGAACCGGUGAGUUUAGUGAAAGCAGUUGGAGUGGGAGCCUUGGUAGGAGCUGUUGGCUUCAUUCCAACUGCCGUGGUAGGAGGUUUUGGUUAUCUUGGCUAUAAGGCAUACAAAUCCAUGUAUCCUGAUGCUGUUAGUUUUGGUCACAUUCAACCCAUUAUUCCAAACAUUGAAGAGUACUUGGAUGAAUCACGAAAAAACACGUUAUUACAAGUCAUGCCUAAAUACGAGCCAGGAAAGUACAAACCUAUGCAAGUGUGUCAUGACCAAGGUGUUUUUUAUACAUGCGAUAUUGAACUCUAUUCAAUUUAUAAGGACAUUGUGGAUCAGAGAAAAAUUCUUGGUAUUCGAAAAGAACUGAUGAUUCCCGUCACUCAUUCUGAUCUCAAACUUCGAGAGGUUAAAUUAUUGUUUCUUAAAACACAUUUUAGAAAUAUUCAACAAGGAUCUCUCAAUACCGUUCUUAAUGUCGAAAGAAAUAAGGUCGAAGAUCAAGAACUUUCUGAUGCAAAGGAAGAUACGACCAAUACUCAACCCAUUGAUGAUCAGGAAUGCAUGAUUUGCAUGGAACAACACAGGGAUUGUGCCUUAAAUUGUGGCCAUGUAUAUUGCUCUAGAUGUGCUGACCUACUGAAACGAUGUCCAUUAUGUGACAAAGUAGUGUCGAGUAGACUCAAGCUCUACCUGUAA